ACGUAAUAUAUGGACGGCGCCUAAGAUGAAAGAAUGAAAUCGGUACCUAAUAACUGAAAUUUUGUUGUUUUUAUAUUUUUUUAGAUCCAAGAAAAUAUUGGCAUCGAAAUGAUUUUUUCGUUGGUGAGCUCCGCACAAGAGUGGCUCAAUUGCAAAUACGACGAACUGAAGAAUGAAGCCGAAAAUGAGAAAGAGGAAGCAAAGCGACGUCUGGAGGAAGAGGAACGCAAAAAGUUCGAAGGCACUCGCGUUACAGUGGAAUCGUUUAUGGUGUGGAAAACCAAUUUCGAGCGGGAUAUGGGAAUCACGGAGCGGAAAGAAAAGAUUCUCGGCGAAACGCGGAAGCUUACUGGGAAAGAGCUGUUCCUCCAGGAUAAUACUCUCAACGAAUCCGAUCUUAAGUUCCUUAUGGAUGCAGGAGAACCUAUCGAGAAUGUGCGAAUCGAUGAGUCCCUGUUCCAGAACAUUGAAGAUCUUGAACUGGACUCGGACGAUGAUGACGAUGAAGAUUAUGUGCCGGACGAAAAAUAAAACGGGGAGCGAAAAGCGUGUCGGUCUGUGGAAUCGUUAUUUGAAUGUUUUUUUUUUUUAUAUUUACUUGCUUAGGACCUUAAAAAUGUGAAAGGGCAUGUUUAACAAAACAAGUAUCGAUUGAAGUCGGAAAAAAUAUUCUAA